UGCAUGUGGUAGUUGUGUUACAGCUAUAAAGAUAACGAAGGUAACACAAAAAAGGCAGUGUUCAAAGCCACUGCACCAUUACUGUCUUGUGUUUUAAUGCAGUUUAUGCCACAAAAUCAUAAAAAAACUACAGUAAUAUCAAAGACUACAGAACUGCUCUUCUGUGCCACACUUGUUCAGACUUUCUAAAUGCUAGGACAGGGCUAUGUCAAAUCUACUGAGUGACCAGAAUGUCUUACAACAUGGCAAAUGGUGUUUAUUUGCCCAAAGAUUCAAGAUGGAAGGUGACCAGAACACCAUGGCCUUUUAUUGUAUUACCAGUUCACAUGUUGGAAAGGUAUCAGAUCAGAUAUCAGAUCCAGUGGAAGAUGUACUGCCAAACCUAACUGGAGGAGGUAAAGGUGCUUCAAAACAUCUUCAUAUAAAUCUAGACCCACAAUAAGUCAUAAAUAGAAAGACACAUUGAGUGUUACUGAGUUAGAGAAGUUAUAUUCAUCACUGUACAAACCAUGACUAAUUUGGAUACCCAACAAUGUUAAAAGUUGCACCCUUAAGAGAGUGAAACUCUUUAUAAAUGGGGAUACCUCAAGUGGAGGGGUGUCACAUCUACUGUAUCUCAGUUGUUUUCACAGUGCUCAACUGAAGAUUGUACAUUGCACAUCAACUAGCCAGGCAGUUGGCCAAAAACCAAUGCAGUAAAUGUCCUUAGCUUUCCAAGAAAUUCCUGAAUGUUUACAGUAGAAUAAAAGUAAAUCAACAAUCAUCAAAGCCAGGAGGAAGUGUGGGGGCAUAGGCAGGACAGACCUGUGUCCAAUAAGUUAGACUAUAAACCACAAGUCUUCUGGUUCCCCCACCUCCACCACUGACUCACAGUAUGAUUAGCUAAUACCCCGUUGUAGCAAUUUGGAAACGGUUUCAUUGCAGUUAGUGGUAUGCAUUGAUUUGGAUAAAAACACCAACUAAAAUAAAUGAAAUUUGCAAAGUUUAUAGGUUCAAUCAGUUGACAGACCCCAGAACCUGAAGAAGCCCUCUAAGAAUUUCAUGAUGGAGCAUGGCCAUUACAGAGGUUUCCAAAUGUCUCAGAACAAGUCUAUUUUAUGUAAUGUGUGGAGAAGUUAGAAAAAUACUAAAGUGUACUCAAGUGUACUCAUUGCUUGCUUUCUUUUAACAGCUUCAGAAUGGUGACUGGUACAACUGAAGAUGUCAAGCUCACACCAAAUAUUACGAAUUACUCAUUUAACGGAACUGUUGCCAACUUCAGUGAUUGUUCCACUUCUUCAGUGGUGUGGGAGUGGAUCUACACUGUCCAGCCUGCUUAUUUGGCGUUGAUAUUCAUUCUGGGUAUUAUAGGAAACACCAUGGUAUUGUAUGUGUUUUGUUUGCACAAGAAACGCUGCACUGUACCUGAUAUUUAUCUUGGGAAUCUGGCAGCAGCGGACUUAAUAAUGAUAUUGUGUUUGCCAUUCUGGUUUGUGACAGUCAUCAACAGGUUGAACUGGGUUUUUGGAGCAUUUCUUUGCCGAAUGGUCAAUGUGGUCAUUGUCAUGAAUCUGCACUGCAGCAUCCUGUUUCUGAUGCUAGUUAGCAUGGACCGGUACCAAGCAUUAGUGAACUCCUUGUCAUCACGAAAAAUGCGACAAACCUCCAGUGCCAAGAUCAUAUGUUUUGGCAUCUGGAUUUGUGGCCUUCUCUUAAGCUUGCCUGUAAUGCUCUUUCGCACUGUCAAGUACAUAAAAGAAAUGAAUGCUAAUAUCUGCUAUCUUCAUUUUCCCUCUGAAGAAUGGAAAGUCAUCCACAAUUUGAUAUUUAGCCUAACUUGCUUUCUCCUGCCUGCUCUGGUAAUCACAUUUUGCACUUAUCAUAUGAUAAAAGCUCUAAGACAUAAUGACAUGAAAAGGCUGAGUGUGGAGAGAUCAGAGAAGGCCGCUGUUUUGGUCUUGAUUGUGCUCCUGGCCUUCUUCUGCUGCUGGGUGCCAUAUCACAUAUUUAAACUACUCGACACCCUUCAUUUUUACAAUCUGCUGCCUGGGUGCCUUUGGGAGGAUGUCCUUGACCUUGGCAUUCAGAUUUCUGCAUAUCUGGCCUACACCAACUGCUGCCUCAAUCCAAUCUUGUAUGUCAUUGUGGGGAAGCACUUUAGGAGGAAAGCCAAAGAUACUUUUUGGCAAAUAAUCAAACACAGGAGCAGCCAUUCCAAGGAUUGUACACUCCACUGAAAACCAGUAACACCAAUGUGACAAAGCACUGUCAUUUAUGCACUACUAACUGGGAGAUACUUGAAGUAAUAGCUGCUAAUGAGAAUUAUCUCAACUGUUAGAUCUGACAGAAGACCUUCAUUUGAAAAAACAGGUAAUACUAGAUGAUUAGCGGAACAUAUUUAAUGUUAGAGAAGCAUUGAAUUUUUAAGGUACUUUACUCUACAGUCAUAUGAGCUAUGACCUCCCAGUUCCAGUGCUUACCACCCAGUAUAUUUCUUACCAUGUAGCAAAUUAGCUAAUAAUCACUAAUUGACAUGUCAAAUUAGCAAGUAAUCUGUUAAUUAAACUGUUUUAGUGUUCAGAACGGUUAAGCCUGUGGACCAAGGUUAUUAUAGUUAACGAAAACUAAAAUCAAAACUGAAAUAAAAUAAUUAACAAAACCG